AUGGAGAGAAACCAUGAAGUGAGGAGCCUGGCUCAUCUCUUAAAUAGCGUGGAACUGGCCUACAGAACAGAUGUUAAACUGUACACCUCAGGACACUUAAAUCAUAACGAGCUUUAUAACAUUCCUCUGCUUCCAGCACAGGCUGAAUCUUCCUUCCCCAACAACAGACAUCCACAGUCACCUGUGACCAGUGUUGGUGCCUCAGUAGAUGCAAGUUCUACUGCACCGGAAAUAUUAAAGUUGAAAGCACUGAAAAAGAAAGCGGAGGAGGGAACUGACAGAUUCCAUAUGCGUCUGAAAAGAAAGGAGUUAGAUGUGUCAGAGAUUAUGGUGCUGAAAAACAAACCAGUUAAGAACAGCCGACAGUGUGCUGCUGAGCUUGCCAAAGAAUACCAGUUCAUACCUUUAUAUUUGGCUGGUGUAACUAAAACUGAUCAGUUUAACAAGUUCCUGCAUUUCCAGAAGGAGUUCAUAGCAAAGCAUGAAUUGUUACAGAAUGAUUUCACAGGAAAAAAAGUAUCAGAACAGCAUGAAAGGAAGCUGGCUAAGGAGCUUCAGAACAUCUGUGGCUGUGAUCCCCUCAAUUUCAAGCGACUACAGGCUGCUGAGGAGGUUUUUGAAGAUAUAUGCAACAGUUCUCUGAUACUUGGUGAUAUUCUCAAGGAAAUUAAGAGUGAGUAUGAGCUGUACAUAAUGAUGGUUCUGGACUCUCUGCCUAUAGCACAACACAAGGCUCUAAAGGCUCAGGUCAAAGGGAUGGAAACAGUGUCCUCAAGGGCUUCAGAAAUGCAGUCUGUCAGGAAAUACCUGCAGGUUCUAAUGAAAAAAGUCAGUACUGCCCUGGAAAGAAGCAAAGAAUUGAAGAAUGAAUUAGAGAUGGUGCUAUGGAUAAGCCAGACUUCAGAGGAUAAAACAGUUUGCCAUGCUGGUGUGGGAUGCAGGAAUUUUCUCCUUGGUUAUGUUCUCAUUGAGACAAAGGGAGCACAAAAACCUCUUUCUGUUUCUGAACAGCAUGAAUCUAUGGGGUGUAAAAUUCUCAGUAAAUGGGAGGAAAUGAAAAUACUGGAGAUCAAGAAGAAAGAAACAAUGGUUUAUGCUGGGAUAACAGAUAUUACGGAAAACACCCUUAAAGAAAUAGAGGCAAGAAAUCACUACUUCUAA